CACAGUGUCCUUGUGAAAAGCCCCAAGAAGGGACAUAAAGAGACCAUGGGGGACUGGGGUUGACUACAAACCUGCCUAUCUCUAGCCAUGCAAUCAUAUGAUUAGCUUAAUUGGAAAGGGAAAUCAUCCUUCCGUUCAUCCACGAGGUCCUCGGGUUACUGGUCUGAUUCUUCACGCAACUUGGUGAAAUCCUGUGCAGCCUCAACAACUGGAAAGCAAGGAGGCUCAGUAGACGGUCCAUUAGAAGAAAGUGAGGCAACUGUUUCACUUCCUGGAAAACCAUCACGUGAUUCAUCAGCCAUGGGAAAUUGGGAAACAGAUAUUUCACUGAAACUGAUAAUGAAACGACAAACAACAGGGCUUCCUGACAUUCGGCUGCAGGACCUGCUGAGAGCAAAGCUGCGCAUUCUAGAGAAUGACUGUGGAGAGGUCAUAGCACUCCUUAGUGAACUUUCAGCCAGGCUACUGUCCAUACACAGUGACCAAGACUUGAUUGUGAUUACUUUUAAAACAUUUGAAGAAAUUUGGAAAUUUUCAACAUACUACUCACUAGGCUUGAUUAGUCACUGCAUGGAAAAUGCACUAUUAGAUCAAGGCUUUUGGCUGAAUUGUCUCGAUGAGGAGGAUGUCAGGAUUGAGGUGCAGAUAAGUGACGAGUCUCUCAAAGUGAUGUGCAAAGGGCUUCUUUUGCAGGAAGGAAUGUUUUUUGUGAAGUAUCCAUUCAGUCUUCAGAAAAAUGAAGAAAAUGACCAGCAGCCCAGAGGGAAUAACCUUGUUGUUGUUGAUAAAGCAAAGAGUGGUUCUGAAUUGUCAGGAAAGUCUCUGAUCAGUGGAAAGAAGAUUUCUGUUCCCAAAUCUCACAUGGAGCUUCUUGUCCCUUUUCAUCAGUGGUUUUUCAAAAGGCACAGUGAAGGCAUUGGUACACUGAAUAACGUGGCAGCAGAAUUUCCUCAUCCACUUGGACAGGGAUCGUGUGUGGCAGAGGUUGAGUAUGAAGGUGUUGGGCCUGAAGAACUGAGCUUUCAGAUUGGUGACAGAAUUGAGAUCGUUGGCUUCCUCAGUACAUGUCUGCAGUGGUUUCUGGGGAGAAAUGAAGCAAAUAGAAGAAUUGGAUUUGUGAAAAUAAAUCAUAUGAAGCCAGAAGACUUCAUGCCACUGGCAAAUGAUCUGCUGUUCAUUGAUGAAGAAGAAAAAUACUAUUUUACGGAACAGGAUAAGUUUAUUGAAGAAGAUUCCUUGGAGAUGCUCAAGCAGAUGACGCAGACUGACAUCAGUGUAGUCUAUCGAUUGGAUACGUUGAAUUCACAACAUGAAGAAAAAGAAGAGCAACAAACUCCAAGUAAUCAAGAACCUGCUUUGUUAAAAACAAAGCUGAAUAAGGCUGUAAAUAGGUUAGAAGAGGAAAAGCCUAUCCCUUCAGUCAACGAGGAGGAAUCUAUUGAACAGGUUUCUGUAAAUUGUGACCAAGAGGAUGGACUUGACUCAGAGGAGCCUUGGUUGUUUGUAGGCCGUACAGGAAACCUAGACAAUCCGGAAAUGUUCCACCAUUUCUUAGUUAUGCUCGAUAAUGAGGAAUACAGCAAGUACUUCAAACAUCUGUAUGACUCCUCUUUUUCAUUUCUGACGUCCAUCUUUCGUGGCUUUAGUGAAGAAGAAGUGGUUCAUUAUCUUGAGGUGGCAAGGGAGGCAGCAAGAAAGAGACAGAUGCAGUGGGCCCAAACAAGAAUUUGUUUUCUACUGGGCAGAAUGUGUGCCAAGAAGCUCAAGUACUCUCAAGCCAGAGUUUAUUUUGAAGAAGCUCUCUGUGUAAUGAAGGGUCAGUUUACUGAUUUAUUUCUCUUGAUCGCUCUGUAUACAAACCUUGUUGUUAUAUACUUGAAACAGAAAAACCAAGAGAAGUGCUCUGCCAUUUUUGAGAAAAUUGCAGCCUUACUCUUGGGUAUCCCAAACUACAUCUGUACGACUGAGAUGGAAGCUGAAGUUCUGAAAUACGUUUUAGGGAAGGCAGUGCUGUCUGAAAAUAAGCAUGCUGAGGCGAGGGCAUGCUUCCUUUUAGCUAAACUUCAUAUAAAUCUUAAACAGUAUGAAGAUGCAUUGCCUUUCAUUGAAAGACUACAGUUUUUAAGGAAUAUGUUGAUGUUAGAGAGUAGGACUUCCUUAGACUUUCAUUUUACAUUAGGGUCAUUAUAUUACCGAAAAUGUCUGCCAAACCUUGCUAUAAGCUGUGCCAAACUUUCAUGCAUUCGGCCUACUAGAACUUUAAUGGAUUGUUUGAGAGGUGCUAGCUUUGUUAUGAAAGGGACAUCAAAGCUCUGUGGAAUGGGUAGACUCUCUUCCACAAUUCCAACACAAGUAGUACCCUACCUCAAAUGGGCACUUUCAUUAGCAAACAUCCUCAAAAGGGACCGUAUUAACCAAGCACUUUGCCACAGCUUGUCAGAGAUUUACAAAUUGCAUGGAAUGUAUGGAGAAGCAAUUCAUUAUAUGAAAAUGGCCAUUAACACAGAUGUAUUCACUAGUACAGAGGAGAUGGUGCCUUUGCUCAUUUCUUUUGCAUGGUUGCACGUUCUGAACAGCCAAGCUGCUAAAGCCAUUGUCUUAUUAAACACCAUACUGGAGUCACCUUCUGUUCAGAGUUGCCGUACCCAACAGGGAAUUGUUUACAAUAUGGUUGGUAUAUCUAUGAGAAGAAUGAGGAAUGUCAAGGAAGCUGCUAAGAACUAUCACCAAGCCCUGUCAAUCUCUGUGGAUUUGGGACUGAAAUUUAACCAAGCUAUUACAAAUGCUAAUUAUGGUUUGCUCUGCCUUUGGUCAAAGGCUUAUCAAAUUUCUGAACAAUUUCUUUUAAAGUCCAUUCAUAUCUUCUCUGAACUGACAAAUGUUGCAUCUGAAGAAAAUUUUUUUCAGGUUCUGAUUACACUGGGACAGUACUACAUUGAAGAAGAAUUAAAAGAAAGUGGAAUGUUUUGUUAUGAAUGGGCACUUCUAAUUGCACUGAAAGCAAAUCUUAUUGAAAGGCAAGUACGAGCCACUCAGUUGCUAUGUCAGUUUUACAACUCUGUCCUACCUAAUGAGGCCCAGUGCAUCAUCUACAAUGAGUUUCUGCUCCACCUCACUCGUAAACUGAUGAACAAAGAACUGGAGGGACAUGUUUUGCAGAACACCAGUCAACUUUACCUCAACCUGGGAACUGAAAGGGCAUUCAGAUCAGCACUGGAGUAUACCAAACGGAGCCUUGGAAUCUUCAUAGAUCUGGAGAAGAAGGAGAAGGAAGCAUAUGCUUGGCUGCAGGCUGGGAAGAUAUAUUACAUUCUGGGAGAAAAUGAAUUGGUGGAUAUGUACAUACAGGUUGCUCAAGAUGCUGCAGUGAGUACUGAAAAUUUGGACUUCGCACUGGAAAUUUUUGAAGCAGCUGGAGAUGUGUUUUUUAAUGGGCCUGGGGACAGAGAGAAAGCUAUAUCAUUCUUUAGGGAUCGAGCGCUUCCUCUUGCUAUCAAAGUUGAAAAUGCAAAAGUGGAGCUCAGGCUCUGUAACAAGCUGACAGAACUGCUGCUGCAUGUGAAGACGUAUGCAGAAGCACUAGAUUAUGCUCAAACUGCUCUGACACUCAGUGUGACCCUUGGAGACACACUUAAUGAACGUGUUGCUUAUCAUCGAUUGGCACUGGUACAUCAGUCCCUUGGUCGGUGUGAACUGGCUGAGCACUUCUAUCUAAAGGCACUUUCCCUUUACCCCUGUCCACUGGAAUUUGAUGAGGAGACAAUUUACUUUGUCAGGAUUUAUGUACAACUGGGAGAAAUGGCAUUUUGUGAUCUUAAGGAUCCAUAUGAUGCCGCAGGCUAUUACCAUUUAGCUCUUGCUGCAGCUGUGGAUUUGGGCAGUAAGAAGUUUCAGCUGAAAAUCUGCACUAGACUUGCCACCAUCUACCACAAUUUCCUUGUGGAUCGGGAAAUGUCACUGUAUUUCUAUCAGAAAGCAAGGAAAUUUGCCAACGAACUUAAUAUUAGAAGAUUAAACCUCUCGCCAGCCCAGUAUUAUAAAACUAAAGCGCAGGCACCUUCAAAAUCCCUCUUUUAAACACUGCUGCUUCAGAACCAUUUGCUGGAAGGGACACCAACAAGGAUGUGAUCAUUCUGUUUGGAUGCUAAACAUAAACUACUGAACUUAAGUUCCUUUUCUGGUUUCACCACCUCUUUCUUGUCUCCCUUUGUCUUCCUGCAGGAUGAAACUGAGAUUACCGCCAGUCAGUGCCACGGCAGAGAAACAUUUUACUUCAGGAAAAAGUGUUAAUUUAAAGAUUAGGUUUGUUUCUGUUUUCUUUACAAAUGUUUGCAAGGAUUAUUUUUAAUUAUACAGUUUUAUUAAUAGAACACAAACAAAAACAUAUAAAAGAACAAGUUCAUUAUUCUGAUGCACCAGCAGUUGAGAGAAUGAAGAAUAGCUAAAAUAUCAGUAUUAAGCAGUGACAUUGCUGUCAUUUGCAUUGAGCAAGGUCCUUCCUUAUUGUUGCUUCCUCAUUUAUUUUUUCCCUCUUUUCUAUUUUUCUUCAUAAUUUUAAUGACAGAGCCACUUGUCUGGUAAGGUUCACAUUUGCUGCACAGGGAGAUAACCCAGGUCACAUUCAUUAAAAUGUGUCCAACCAUGAAUAACACUGAAAAUACCUUUUUAUUUGUUAAUGUCACUAAUUUUGGAGAGAUUGCUGUUUACAGACAUUGCACAAUUUGGUUCUAAACACUUCAGGAAUAUUGUAUUGUUUCUUGUUGAGCUGAAUAGCACUAUUGAGAAAUUUAACUGAGGGAGAAAAUGGUUGCUUGCUACUCUAACUAUUAUGAAUGUAGGCAAAUAUUGUAAAUAAACGCUCUUCGUUUAUCGGAA